AUUUGAAAAGGGUGUAUUUAUACUUUUUUCACUAAUUACAUUAUUUUAUUUAUUUAAUUAACUUUGCAAUUAAUAGGAGUAGUCUGCUUAGACUUUUUCAGGUUUUCUUUGUAAGACAGUCAUGGUCACACAUCCACAUCGAUAGCUUUCUCAUCUCCUUGGGCACGACCAGUGGACGGGGAAGUUGUGGACGGCGUGCGGCGGCCCGUGCAUUACCUUAAACUCCCCAGUUUCAACUGCCCAGUCGACGGACGAGAUGGAGCCAGAGGUUGGCAGUCGUUGGAGGGUGGAUCCUGCGCACCUGUGCGUAAUCGACAUCCAUCACCGCCAGCAUAAGAAGAGCGGGCGGUCGGUUCUCCAGCGCUUGAGUGUUAACCUCCAAUGGGUUUCCAGCACUGGAGAAGCACUUCCUGAGACCUUCAAGUCUGACUCGAGAACCGCCGAGACUGGCCGAAACCCGCUCUCUUCCUGCCCGCCCUCCAACGACUAAUCCAUCAGCCACCAACCACUGGAUCCGGACCGGACCCCUCCUCCAGUCAGACACCCCCCCUUCCCAGCAGAGACUUCAUACUCACCAGUUUUUACUUCGACAGAAGUAGUGAUACAACAAAGAAAGGAGCUACAUCUACUGGAAAACUCAACAUGGCAGCGAGUACAGCUAAAGCCUGGAAUUCCAUUGGAUUUACCACAGACGCUCCCCCAAGCCACAGUCUCAGUGUGGAUGCUGCAGACAUUGCUGUUGUUGUUAUUUACUUUAUUGUAGUCAUGGUGAUUGGAAUCUGGUCAUCAGUGCGAGCUAAUCGGACCACUGUGGGGGGAUAUUUUUUGGCUGGUCGUUCCAUGACAUGGUGGCCAAUUGGAGCCUCCCUGAUGUCAAGUAACGUUGGCAGCGGUUUGUUCAUUGGACUUGCAGGAACAGGAGCAGCUGGAGGCAUUGCUGUGGGAGGAUUUGAAUGGAAUGCAGCAUGGGUUCUGGUGGCUCUGGGUUGGAUCUUUAUUCCUGUCUACAUCUCUGCUGCUGUGGUCACCAUGCCUGAAUACCUGGCUUUGCGUUUUGGAGGCCGUAGGAUCCGCAUAUACAUGUCUGUUUUAUCCCUGAUUCUCUACAUCUUCACAAAAAUAUCAACAGAUAUGUUUUCAGGGGCGUUGUUCAUUCAGGUGUCACUGGGCUGGAAUCUCUAUCUGUCUACAGCUAUAUUGUUGUUGGUUACAGCUGCUUACACUGUGGCAGGUGGUUUGGCAGCGGUCAUCUACACUGAUGCUCUACAGACUUUAAUCAUGGUUGGUGGAGCCCUUUUGUUGAUGUUCAUGGCUUUCAUUAAGGUGGGCUGGUAUGAGGGCCUUGUGGAUCGCUACAUGUCAAGCAUCCCCACAGUGACAGUUGAAAACACGACCUGCCAUAUUCCUCGUCCUGAUGCAUUCCACAUGUUCAGAGAUGCUGUGUCAGGAGAUUUACCUUGGCCGGGGUUAAUUUUUGGCCUUACUGUGUUGGCUACAUGGGUCUGGUGUACUGAUCAGGUCAUUGUUCAGAGGUCACUGUCAGCCAAAUCCUUGUCUCAUGCUAAAGAAGGCAGCGUUUUGGGAGGGUACCUAAAACUCCUGCCCAUGUUCUUCAUUGUGAUGCCCGGCAUGGUAAGCCGCGCACUCUUCCCAGAUGAGGUUGGAUGUGUGGAUCCAGCACUGUGUCAGAGAAUAUGUGGAGCAUCAGUUGGCUGCUCUAACAUUGCUUACCCCAAACUGGUGGUAGAAUUAAUGCCUAUUGGUUUACGUGGCCUCAUGCUGGCUGUAAUUUUGGCUGCUCUGAUGUCAUCUUUGACAUCAAUUUUUAAUAGCAGCUCCACUAUAUUUACUCUGGACCUCUACCACAAAGCAAGACCAAGAGCCUCAGAAUUGGAACUUAUGAUUGUUGGAAGGAUUUUCGUCCUCGUCUUGAUGUGUGUUAGUCUGUUGUGGAUUCCAGUUGUCCAGACAGCCAACAGUGGACAGCUUUUUGAGUACAUCCAAUCUGUGACCAGCUUUCUAGCCCCACCAAUUACUGCUGUCUUCAUAAUGGCAAUCUUCUGGCCUCGGGCCAAUGAGCAGGGGGCAUUUUGGGGUCUGAUAACAGGCCUGGUGAUGGGACUGGUCCGCAUGAUUCUGGAGUUCUCCUAUACAGCACCAUCCUGUGGUCAGCCUGAUCACCGGCCCUCUGUUUUAACUGAUGUCCAUUACCUUUACUUUGCUCUCAUCCUGCUGGCUCUUACAUGCCUAGUAAUUAUUACUGUCAGCUUGUUGUCUGCUCCAAUACCAAAAGAAAAUCUCCACAGACUAACCUGGUGGACCAGAUUUAAUCUUGAGCCUCGCAUCGACCUCACAACUCCUCAAAGGGCACCAGAUCUGGAGAACUCUGUUUGCUCUGAGACUGAACAGUCUCCACCACCUACAUGGAAAAGAGUUGCUAUGUGGCUCUGUGGCCUGAGUAGUCCAAGCUCACAAUCUGCACCACCAAACGCACAAAGCAAUGACCUGAACUUUCUGUAUGAGAAACCUGUUUGGAGGAAAGUCUGCAAUUUUAACGCUGUGUUGCUUUUGGCUUUUAAUGUGUUUCUCUGGGGAUACUUUGCAUAAAGUUGUGCUUAGACUUGUAGCAUCUCAGUAUCUAUGGAGGAGUUAUCUCUGAUGUUGAGACAAAUUGUAAGGUGGAACUAAAAUUGUCUUGUGUCAGCAAACUAAUUUGUGAUCGUGAUGUUUCAGUAUUCAAACACUUGAUGAAAAGCUAAAAUGUAUUAUUGAUAAAUUCAAUGUAUACAGAAGAAAAUCAAUUCUAUAGAUGUAUAAUAACAGUAUAAUUGACAAUGGAUGGCUCAACUUACUCCCUACCCCCCUACAUCCCAGUUAAUCCUAGUGAUGAAAAAGUGCAUUAAGCUGUUUAUUACUCAAAUUAGUUUCAUUUUUGAUUUGAAAAUCCACCUUGAAAAUUUUUUUAAAUAAAUUGUGAGACCAAAUCAAUUUCUCCUUCUGCAUCUGCCAUUGUGGGCAUAAAAUAAGAAUAAAUUUGCAAGUGUUAUUGUGUGCAAAGCAGAUUUCUGAAGACUUCAGAUGUCAUUGUGGGCCUUCUAGCCUCCCAGUGAGGAGAAUUGGACA